GGCCGCAAUCGAGAGUCGUGGCCUGUGCGGUACACGAGAGUUAACGAACCUCAUUCGGCAACCUGCGAGUUGAAUUCUUUCUCCACGUCUUCCUAGCGCUUUCAUUCUUCCCGAGUUCCUACUCCAAUAAGCUCUGCAGCGACAAUAGCCAGCAAGUGCAUAUGGCCGUCAAGAUGCCACCGAAAGGAUCCUCCGCCUCGGGCGUCAAGUCCAAGCUCGCAUCGGGCGAGACGAAGCCCAAGUCCCCUUCGGUCGCGAUCCAGCUGUACCUGAUCGCGUACAACCUGGUCUCAUUCUUCCUCUGGACGGUCAUUCUCGCCACGCUCGUCAAGCACCUGCUCCUCGGGCCGCAAAACUCGUCGUACAUCCUGCACCGCAUCUCCAGCUUUAUGGAGGUGUUCCGCCCGCACCGCACGUACCUCAUCCAAAAGUACUCGUCACUCCCAGCUCCGCUGCGGAGCCUACUCGUCAAGGCGAGCACGACCCACUCACACAUGGGCGGCCUGGUUGCGUUUGUGCAGACGCUCGCUGUGCUUGAGGUCGCACAUGCUGCGCUCGGAUGGGUGCGCAGCCCCGUCCCGACGACCGCGAUCCAGGUCGCGUCCAGGCUCUGGUCCGUGUGGGCAGUCACUGAGCGCUUCGACGCCGCGGCGACGACGCCUUUCUACGCGAGCAUGAUCUUCGCGUGGAGCUUUACAGAGGUUGUCCGAUAUGCGUUCUAUGCGAAUCAGCUUAUGGACCACGUUCCGCGUCCGCUGCUCUGGGCCAGGUACACCACCUUCUACCUUCUCUACCCUCUAGGUGCAGGGUCCGAGGCGGCUUGCAUGUUUGCGACGCUGCCAAAAUCUCUGCCCUGGAACGACAAGUUGGGCCAGUGGGGCUUCCGCGAAUACAUCUUUCUCUUCCUCUUCACAACCUGGUGGCCAGGUCUCUACAUUAUGUACACACACAUGAUGAAGCAACGCCGAAGGGCGAUUGGCAAAGGCUUCUGGGGCGAUGGCAGCCCGAUUGAUGCAGUCAAGAAGUCCAAGUGAAACAGAGUGACAAGCGCUUCAUGAGCUUAUUCGACUGUUGAAGGUUGCGCGGAAGAUGAUGAUUACAGGCAUUCUGGGGCGUAAAGUUACGACUAUGCUACAAUUGUACCGAAAAUGCAAGGCAUAUGAAGAAAGCAAUGGCAAGUAUAGGCCUGAGAACUGGACCAACCAACAACAGAAUUUACAUUAUGCACGAUGCUGCACAU